AUGGUGUUCAUUGGUAUCCCCAAGAAUUAUACAACUUCGCCGUCCUCAUUUAUCGGGACUCCGUCUUUGACUAUCAAUCAUGAAGCUGUCGUUGAUCUAGAUAGCUCCAAUGCGUUCGAAGGCCCCGAGAAAUUGUUAGAGGUCUGGUUUGGUGCUGCCGCCGAUAAUCUACUCGGCGGGACUGACCCCCGUGGUCUCAAAGCAGUCCCUGCCGAAAUAUGGAAGGAUAUGCUUGAUUUGGUGAAUUGCAAGGUGCUGUCAAUUGUUGAAUCGGACGAUGUCGACGCCUAUUUGUUGUCCGAGUCUAGCAUGUUCGUUUGGCGCCACAAGCUUAUCCUCAAGACCUGCGGCACUACCACGUUGUUGUCAGGUCUCCCACGGAUUUUGGAGAUUGCUGCACUGUUCGCUGGCUUCCCCAAGUCCACUGCGCCCCCAUGUCGUAACCUCUCUGUUGCGGCUGCUCCCUAUCGCGUCUUCUACAGUCGAAAGAAUUUCCUCUUCCCCGACCGUCAACGUGGCCCGCAUAGGAGCUGGCGUGAUGAAGUUAAGAACCUCGACAAACUCUUUGUAAAUGGCAGUGCUUACAUGAUUGGUAAAAUGAAUGGCGAGCAUUGGUACCUGUACCUCACUGAACCUCAUACCUUGUUGACACCGCCAGCGAGUCCACCUCGUGAAACUGAAACUCGUGUGCUCAACAUUCCGGAGGAUCUUGAAAGCAAGAGAACGAAUACCGGGUCUCACGAAGAGAAUGACGAAACUCUCGAGAUUCUGAUGACGGAUUUGGAAGAGGAGAAUGCCGAGCAAUUCUACCUCGACCAUGCGAGUGCGGUCGCAGAUAUCCGUUAUCGGAAGAUGGAGAAGGAAAAGGACGAACUCGUUGAUGUAUUUAGCAAUACAUCUUCAGACAUGAGUGAUCCCGACUCCGAAGGUGAACAACAGCACACUCUGCCUCCUGAAUUGACGACCGAGGGGCAUGCCCUUGGCACCGUCGUCUCAGAGUCGUGCGGUCUAUCUGAUGUCUACCCGACCAGCAAAUAUCCUGAUUCCCGUAUCGACGCUUAUCUUUUCACGCCAUGUGGCUUUUCUGCGAAUGGUGUGGUGCCUGCUCCUGAUGGCAAAUCUGGCACUCACUAUUUCACUGUCCACGUCACUCCUGAGCCUCAAUGCUCCUACGCGUCCUUUGAGACAAACGUGCCUCACGCGCAGAGUGGCAGGGAGACCGCAGAUAUUGUCAAGCACGUUGUCGAUAUCUUCAAGCCCGGUCGCUUCACCGUUACUGUUUUUGAAGCCAAGCCGGUAAUGGUCUCCGAGGAGUCUUUGGGCGAGAAGAAGUAUGGCCGCGCUGCGGUUCUCCGGGCUCAGAAGAUGGAAAGCAUCCCUGGAUAUCGUCGUGUCGAUCGCAUUGUCCACGAUCUGGAUGGGUACGAUCUAGUCUUUCGUUACUACGAACGUAAUGACUGGAAGGGAGGAGCUCCACGGAUUGGAGAAUAUUAA